AUGGAAGAAGAGUACUCAGUCGAUCCAGUUCUACUACUCGAAGCCGCUUCCGACUUUGCCCAUCACCCUGGUGCUCACUCGGAUACUUCAACUCAAGAAUUUCUCACUCGUUUUCCUCUCCCUGCCAUUAUCAGCACUUUGCAAACCAAGGCAGAUUAUCCAGGCCUGGAGAAUGUGCUAGUUGAUUGCUUGGAAAGGGUUUUCAAAACUAAAUAUGGGGCAUCACUUAUACCGCAUUAUAUGCCGUUUGUCAUUGUUGGUCUGGGGGCAGAUUCUCAAAAAGUGAGACGCCUUGCUUGUAAAACUGUAUCUUUCCUUUUGGAGAAUACAGAUAGAAGGAUUGCUGCACAACUAGUUCUUCAGCAUGAUGUCUAUCCACUUCUGCUCAGUUGCCUGAUUGAUGGUGAUGAACAAGUAGCAACUGCAUCAAUGGAUGCAAUUAAGUCUUUAGCUGGUUAUCCUGAAGGAAUGGGAAUUGUCUUUCCAGCAAGUAACAAUGAAGCUACACACCUUGGGAACUUGGCAAUGAGGUGUUCAUCGCUGGGAAGAGUUCGAGUUUUAGCUUUGAUAGUGAGGCUCUUCUCUAUUUCAAGUUCUGUGGCAUUGGAAAUCUCCAAGUCAAAUCUUCUCAAGAUAGUGGAGGCAGAAGUCAUAAAUACAAAUGAUACACUUGUGACUUUGAGUGUGCUGGAACUUUUGCAUGAGUUGGCUGAAGUUCAGCAUGGUAUGGAGUUUUUAUCAAGAACCAGUCUUCUCCAACUGCUUAGUUCUAUAAUCAGCAAUGGAUCUGCUGAAUCCAUUUUAAGAUCAAGGGCAAUGAUGAUAGCUGGAAGGCUUCUCUCCAAGGAAAAUGCAUUUUCAUUCAUUGAUGAAUCUAGUUUUAGAACCAUUCUUUCAGCUAUCGAUAAAAGGUUCGAGUUCCUGGAAAGUACAGAAGCAGAUGAAUGUGAAUGCGCACUUGAAGCAUUGGGUCAAAUUGGAUCAUCAUUCCAAGGAGCAACAUUGCUUCUUUCAACUUCACCUCCUGCUGCUAGACAUGUUGUUAGUGCUGCUUUUGACCAGCAACAACACAGUAAACAGCUGGCUGCGUUGCAUGCUCUGGGCAACAUUGCUGGUGAAACACGUACAGAAAAUAUGGUGUUGAACAGUAAUGCAGAAGAAAACCUUAAACGCAUGAUCUAUGAGAAAGCAUCUAACACGUCAAAGUUGACCCCAUCAGGCCUUCUCCUAUCAGUUCUACAACAGGAUUCAGAAAUUCGUCUAGCGGGAUAUAGAUUGAUUACUGGAAUGGUGGCUCGACCUUGGUGUCUGAUGGAGAUAAUUUCAAGACAGGAAAUAAUUGAUAUAGUGACUGACACCUUUACUGAAACGAAAAAGAUAGGCAUGGAAACUAGACAUAAAUGUUGUGAAGCAAUUUACAAGGCUCUCACAUCAUCAACUAAGCUAAUCAGUGACCCUGACUUCGCUGGGAUUGCUGCAAAGCUUCAUGAAGCAAUCAAAAGGGGUCCUUUCCUUGCAAGGAAGCACACUGAAGCUCAACCUGUGGUAAUGACAGCUGAGAGAUUUUGA